GCGUUCUCGAUGCCAUUUCCGUUCUAUCACAUGUAUCUUUCCGAUUGCGUGCGCGUUUCGUAUAAAGAAGAUAGUUCAUCAAUCAACUUCUUCAUCCACGCGAAAUAUCAAACUGUACAAAAUAACGAAACAGGAAAACUUCUUUUGUUACGUGUACGCAUAGUUCUAUAAUGCCGCACUUCAAUUUUAAAGAAAUAGAAGUCAUUGAUGACAAAAAAAAUGAUUUAGAUAUCAUUAAAGAUAUAAUUAAACUUGAAGAACCGGAGAAUGCCUUCUAUAUCGCAGAUAUCGGUGACAUUAUUAAAAGACAUCAAGCAUGGAUUAGCAAAAUGCCUAGGGUUAUUCCACAUUAUGGUAUGUCUGCGACGUUCAUUGCACUGUUUUCAAUUUUAAUACUGCAUUGUUUUCCAAAAUGUAUUUAUUUUAAUAAAUUUAGGGUUAAUCACUUUUUUCAAAUUUUAGCGAUAAAAUGCAAUUCAAAUCCGACGGUAAUUAAAGUUCUGGCAGCUUUAAAUGCCUGUUUUGAUUGCGCGUCAAAGGAAGAAAUAAUGCAAGUAAUGAAGUACGAUGUGCAAGGCGAAAGGAUCAUUUUUGCCCAUCCAUAUAAAUUGCCUUCUCAUAUCAAAUUCUCUAAACAAAUGGGAGUCGAACAGAUGACGGUGGAUAGCGAGUUUGAGUUAAAAAAAAUUAAAAAUUUCUUCCCGAAAGCUAAAAUCGUGAUACGCAUACGUUGUGACGCGAAGAAAUCGUCAGUGUCAUUGGGAGAGAAAUUUGGCUGCGAACCUUACAAGGAGGCUGUGCGCUUGAUACGAUACACGCGAGAUCUCGGCUUAAACUUAUACGGCUUCAGCUUUCACGUGGGCACCACGUGCUUAGAGAUGGAUGCCUACCGCCGAGGAAUUGAAAUAUGCAAACAGUUAAUCGUAAUCGCUAAAUCGAUCGGAUGUAACAACGUAGAACUCAUCGAUAUCGGCGGUGGAUUCUUGAGCGUCUGCGGGAAGGAGCUCGAUGAGCUGGCCGAGUUCAUUAACGGUGCGAUUGAGAAUCUUGAUCCCGGUAUAAGAGUCAUUAGCGAGCCCGGACGAUACUAUGUAGACUCAAACUUCACUUUAGCCUCGUAUCUACAUUCCAAGAGGCUCGCCAUUUCCGAGAACGGCAAGUUGAAGAGAAUGUAUUAUAUGAAUUGCGGCGUGAACAAUUCGUUCAUGGAGGAACUGAAAGGUGUACAAGCCAGAGUCCCGGAAUUGAUUUUUGAACCGAUGAGCAAUGAAAAAUUCCUUUCAAAUGUAUGGGGACCGACCGCCGACCCGCAUGAUUUAAUAGUUAAGAAUGUUUCAUUGCCUGAACUUUAUAUAGGCGAUUGGCUAGUUUGGAAAAAUAUGGGCGCUUAUACAUUGGUUCUUUCCAAUACAUUCAAUGGAUUCCCGAUUCCAGCUGUGAGACCAUUUAUUAGGAAAAGCCAAUGGGAAAAUUUUCUGGCACAAAUUUAAAAAUAAAAGCGUAUUUUAUUUCAAUAAGCAGAAUGGAAAUAAUACAAUAUUCGUCGAAGGAAUUUAAUGUAUAAUUGACAUUUUCAUAAAAAAAAACACAAUCUAACUGUUAUAUCUCUCUUAAUAAUUUUAAUCUUUCUAUGAAAAAUCUUCAUUGGUAUCACAAAUGAAGUAAAUAUGCUUUUUUAUCAUUGCACGUUUUAUUUCAUAAUUAGAUCUGAUUUCCGAAUGGUUCUAAUUUCAUGUAUAAUUUGGAAUUUUGUAAUUAGAUUAUAAAUGAUAUGAAAAUCAUGUAUUUCAUUGUUUUAAUAUCUGUUUUAUUAUUAUACGGCACAAUAAUGUAAAAUAUUAAAGAAUUUUUGACGAGUAUAAUAAA